AUGACCUCUCCUGCUGGGAUAGCUCCUGUGUAUUUCUUUGACCAGGUAAGUCAAAUAUCAAUUAUGCUGAGUGGCAAGAACGAAAUGAGAAGACUUAAAAACUUUUAUUUCUGCUCUGCAGCCGACGAACCGAAGCAAAACGACUGGAAUACGACGCGAUAUUCUUUAUUUGGAAAUGUCAAAUGACACUGCGCAACUUGAGGAGAGAACACAGAGGUAAUUACUUUUCUACGGAAGAGCUGAAAGGACAUAAGUGAGUCCAUGCAACUUAUGAAGAAUACACAGUUUUUCAUGUUUAUAGUUCUUUUUUCUUUUCUUUUUUUUUUUUACCUGGUUUUCUGAAAAUCACACUGCGUUAAUUGCUGAAAGCCAGCAGUAAGGAUUUGAACCCUCAACCCUCUUGCUUUGAGGCAUCAGUAUCUCAUGCCCACAACACUGUCAGCCAUUAAUGCUGGAACCUUCAUUCUCUAGUGGUCUGUCUACUUUUCAAACUUACACUUUUAUUUCAGUGUAUAUACACCCUGCAGUUGUACCUCACAGUGAAACGUAAGAUGAAUAGUACUAGGGCUGGGCGAUGUGUGAAAAAGUUUAUCACUAUAUAUUGUUUUCUUAUCAGUUGAUAUCGAUAUAUGUCACGAUAUGAAAAAUGAAAUUUAACAGUGCUUAUUGGUAGCAUGUCUUUUGCAAUACAAUAAGCUACUGCAUCUGUCUUUGUGUCUCUGACGUUUUGUCGUAAGGCAUUGCGCUAGAGAAAGUAGACUGAAUGGUCGGCUACUCCGGCUGCACAGGCGCCAUGGGCUCUUUACUCCACUCAGGGUUUGUAACCUUUUGCAUUGCACGUGCUCUGCUGCGUGGCACUGCUUCAGGUGGGGAAAAAGAUUUAAGUAUUUGCGACUUUGCAAGAACAUGUACUCGACAUAAUUUGCAGUACACAUUACUCUGCUUCCAUUCUAUACCUCCACACCACUGAUGUUUUCAUGCCAGUGUUAUCAUCUGUUGAGCCUCCAUCUGCAUUUCUGCCGGGGGUAGCAUUCAUUUUCUUUUUUUCUCACCGACAGUGCUGUCGGCUUCACGUGUUAAAGAUGUAAUGGUUGUGUGUAGCUGCAGUCUGCUGCUACACACUUGUUUGCUACUUGGUUUUUAUUCAGCACAUGAUUGGUUCAGCACAAAGUGGACCCAGAGCAACUCCACUUUUUAUUGGCUAUUAUAGUCUACCAAAACAUGGCAGAAUGCUGACUAUUGAAAAGCAUAUUGAUCAUGUUUCAUAUCGAUAUUGAGAGAAAUUAAUUUUCAAUAUAUAUCGUUAUCAUUUUAUCCCCCAGCCCUAAAUGGUACAUAUCACCGUUUAUCACAAAUUUGGCGAUCUCCUAGUCUUGACAUCCUAUCAAUGUCUAUGUACAGAUGAGCACAGCCAAAGAAAACAUACAAUGCAUCCUUCAAAGAGACAGUACCAACUGCUUUCUAAAAUGUGUUGGGAGACCCUCAUUUUACAAACAGCACAUCUCCAUCGUGCAAUUUCAGAGCACUUACAGUCAAGUCUAGCCCACUUUCUCAUCAAUAGAAAUGUUAAACCAAUCACAGUCCAUACUGUGCUUCAACCAUUACUCAGAAAUCCAUUCUACUUUCUCAUUGACAGAGAAGCCAACCCACAUUACUGAAGUUUCUUUUACUGCUACUGAGGCGGGCUUUUGUUUUUUUUGUCAUCUACUCUCAGCUAAGUCUUUUGUUUUGUUUUUUUAUCUGUCUAAUAUACAGUAUGUUCUAAUUUUUUUACGGUAGUCCAGAAAACGUGGAUAAGGACUCUAUAAGUGACCACGGGCUUCCUCAACGACUGUCACCUGAAACAUUUGAAGAUCAUAAACCUGAGACAUCUUUCAAAUUCAGAGACCACAAUGUGAUGGAGGCCUACAAGCGUGCAUCUCCUCACCUGUUAAACGAAUUAGCUCACCUUCUCUCACGAUAUAAAUGGGCUGAAGAGGGACGUCUUCCCCUGGGAAUUGUUAAUAUUUUGAAUUACUCUUGGAAAGAUCUGACUGCAGGCGUAGUUCACAUAAAGAGCCAGGUGGAGAUUGAGAAGAAAGGAAGAUUCAAGGUUCCCCCUAAACUGGAUGAGGCUCGAUCCAGUCAGACAUCUGCCAAGCACAGGGAAGAGACUGAGGGGACAAACUCCUCGGAUGUGUCUAUGAUAAAACCACAAGUUAACUUGAAUCCACACAUGAAAAAGCGCAAACAAAAUCCUAAUACAGGUAAAUGAAUCUGUUUUUUUCUCAAGUUUACACCUGAAGUGCUUGAAAAUACUGUAAAGCUAUCAAAGAGGUAUCAGAAAGAAAAUAUAAAGUCUAAAAAAAGGUGCAUGAUAGGCUACCCCUCCUUUUAAAAUAGUAGGGAUAGUAAUACUGAGGUGUGAAAUAAACAAAAUAACAGUUGUACAUUUACGCCAGAAUAUUGCCCUUAUAGAGCGGCUGAAAAGGUGCUGCUUUCAUGGUACACUCAGUCAUGCAUUCUCACUUUUCUGUAGCUCACAGCUCUACAUCCCUCCGUUUCUCCUUCCCCUCUGACAGCUGCAGAGAUCCAGGUAAGGCAUCAAGCUCAGGCUCUGUGUUUAUGGCGGCUGCUGUGUCUGCAGUUGACUGGCUCACUGCUGCAUCCCCACUGCUUCAGCUCUAUGUGAUUUGUGUCCAGGUUGGAUCAUCCAGCCAAAGCAGCCCUCCUGUGAUGAGCCUCAGCGGAGUUUGUGUCAGUGGGUGGUGGAGCGGCUCCAGGCGGCGAGAGAUCCUGAGUGGGUUGUUAACAUUUGCUGCCGCAUUUAACCUUCAGCAAAUGAGAGUCAAAUGAGGGUUACGCCGCAAAAUGUCCUCUCUGAUAAGCAGUUAGGUCCAGAGAUUGUAACGACUGUUGAUUGGUUGGUCAAGCACUUUGCACUAGACUGAAAUAUUUUAACAACCAUUUGAUGGAUUUGCAGAAAAUUUUAUAGAAUAUUAAUAGCGCCCAGAGGGUAAACUCUAAUCACAGUGAUGGAUGCUCUUUUCAUUUGGUGCCACCAUCCCAGUUGAAAUUUCCUUCAAGUGUAAACUCUUUCAUGUACUGGAAGACUCUAUAUUUUGCACUUACAUGGCCCCAUUCAGAAAAAAAGCGUAGCCCUGUUACUGCUAAAAUUGUGUGUUCUUUUAACACCAAUAUUUCCAAACACUUUACGGCAUUACAACAAGUGUAUUUAGUGCAUUGACUGUACCACUACAGAUACAUCACUCACUGGUCUUUUGACUAAAUGAAAAAUAAACCUCAAUUAAUCAGGCACCAUCAUGUGAACAUGGUGUUUCACUUAGCUAGCCAUUAGCAAGAGGGUUAGUCUGCGACACCUCCUUAUUUUUUCACACUUUCAUGACAAUUUUUUUAAACAUAAGCAAAUCUGUAUUGAAGAGGUAAUUAUCAAAGGUUAUCAUGCUUACACUCUCAUAUGCUAAGAAUGGAAUGAAAGGAAAAUACAUGAAAGCCUCAAUGCUAAACUUUCGCAUGUUAGCAUGUUGCUGUUAGCGUGGAUGUAGACUACUUUCUUGGCUUCAUGGCUUUAAGUUUAAAAAUGUACUUUUCUGUUGCACAGAAAACUUCGGACAGUUGAACAGGAGAAUCCAACUGUACAACUCUGUUACUACGGUGAUGCAAAAACUAAAGUGAAGACCACCAGAGCGAAGAAAAAAGCCCAACCUGUCGCCCAGACACCAGAAGUGAAGCAGCGGGAUCACGCUCAAAAGCUUCACUUUAAAACCAGCGAUGGCACCUCAUUCAUAUAGUAUCCUUUUAUAUCUGUUUUUAAAUAUUUUUCUAUCUGGUGUCUUUAAAGCAAAUGCAGUGGACAGCUCAUGCCUUGCCCUUUGACCCUGUCCCUUCAGCUACCCCUCAGGUUGUACAGCUGUAUGUCAGAGCCACUCAGGUCUGCCCUGUGGAGGCUUCUACACCAAUGUGUUCAGUGACAGUGAGUGUCCUCUUAUUCUGGCCACCAUCACAGCAUUUGGACAUGGCUCGGUUACCCACCCUGUCAGGUGAGUAAAAGAGGAGGCUCUGAAGAAGUCAAAGUGUUCAGCGUUCUCUGUGAUUUUGAUAAAAAGCUUCGCAAAGCUUGAAAAAUAACCAAGAUUAUCAUAUUAGCCUGAGAAAUGAAGGCUAAGGCAUGUCAAGGUUUGACUAUGGACUGAAGUCGUAAGAAAUUCAAUUCAUAAUGUUACCUUAAGAGAUUUAAGGUAUAAUGUCAUAAAAUUCAAGUCUCAGUAAAGUCAAAAAUAUAAUGAGAAUAAAGUCAUGUUGUUACGAGAAUCAAGUUGUGAUGAAGAAGCAGUUUUGUCUCACUGUGAGCAGUUAGCCGACUUUACCAAAAAGAAAAAUGAGGAGUGUCUUGAACUUAAUGUUUUGGCACCUUAGCACCACAUGGUUACAAGUAGGACUGCAAAGAGUGUGCAAAAAGUUGAGAUGUGUCUGGUUUCCCCCUUUGAAACAGUUUUACGCAGUAAACUGUUAACUUAACUAAAAGUGUUUAGUAUGAUUUUACUACUUUACUCUAGGAAGAAAGAAUAUUUAAUUUUCACUUUAUUCUUGUAAAAUGAGGAUUUUUCCAUGACUUUGUUCUUGUGAGAAAAUGACUGAGAAUUUUUUUUAAUCUUUAAACAAAAGAAAAUCUUUAAUGGGACCUAAAUGUUGCAAUCUCUUAUUUAUUCUAAUUUCAUCUCUACUUCUAUUCUCCUUAUUUCUUCAUUUAUGUUAAUGGAGUAUGUUUAAAUUGUGUUUUCUCCAGUCCUCUGACCACUCAACAGACUUUCUAUCAUGUUACAUUUACACAUUGAUGGCAGAGGCUGUUAUGUAUAGUUCAUCAGCUUUGGACUAAUUCCAUUCAUACACCACUGAGCGCAGCCAGUGGGAGGGUUGAGUCAAGUGUGUUGCCCAAGGACACUUUGGUACAUGGACAGCUUUGGGAUUGAACCUCCAACCCUCCAAUUGGGAGACAACUCACUCCAUCAACUGAGCCAUAGCCACCCAACUUCUUGUCUAUAAUUAUGUAAAUGUGACACCCUCAUAAUGUUUAGAAUAGACCUCCUCCUUUUCUGUGUUUCCAGCUCCGCAGUUACAGCCGUGUGGGACCAGGAUGGAGGGUUCAUGUGUGACCAGGAUGGAAACAUUACUAAGGAGUGGAGCUGGCUGGAGUACCGCACACUGAGGGAGAAGAUAGUAAUACAGGUAAAUCCACUGAAGCCCAUUCUAAUAACAGAUGAUCUGAUACUAAAUGUGAUGCAAGGAAUUAAUUUGAAAUCCCCAAACCAACUUGUGAUUCAAUGUUUAAAGACCUACACAACAUUUCGUCUUUUUCAUUGUCAUGCUAAGUGCUUAGAAUAAAGGUAUACCUGCUUUCGUAACAGUUAACAAUUUAGGAAUGUUCUCCCUGCAGCAUCAAUUUGGUGCGACACUUCUUUGAAGCAUUGACAGUGGGACAGUGUCCAAUCAUGCUUAAGCUCUGCAACAUGUUGCUCAGUAACAUGCCUGAGGUAACUCUCUCACAGGAAAUAUUUAGUGACAAGUUGAGUCAGAGUGAAUAAGAAUCUGGAGGCAGCUUGUCAUGCUAGAUAACUCUAAGAUGUGCAUAUGGGAAAUGCCACAUUUAGGGGAAACAAACCAGGGCAUGCAAGUUAUGACGCACAGCCUGCUGAUCAACAUACCCCCGACUGUUCCCGACAGGACCAAGAAAGGUUUUAUAACAGACAUGUAGAAGAUUUUAUGGUCACAGAGGAAGGCACAACAACUCAGGAAUGUUCAAAAUGUCAUGUUUAAUAGCCUACCCAAAGAUGUGGACCCAACAUACAGACUAAAAUGAAUUCAAUGAACAACGAGAAAAGGGCAGAGAAAAAGUACAAACAGAAAAAUGCGCUAUUGGAGUGAAAAACGUCCAACUACAAACACUGGGAAACCAGCAGAUACCACACAAGAAAACACUGGAGGAAACACAGGUUAAGGUGCAAUAAACUCAGGGAAACACAGACUGAAUACACACCGGGAAAUAAGCAACAGGUGAGACACAAGACACAGGUGAGACUAAUGACAGUGAUCGAGAGGGGGGAAAACACAGGAAGUAAAGUUCUAAAAGUGAAGUUCUACAAAACGAAACAGGAAACACUUGAAAACAAGAGUGAUAACAUGAACACAAACACAAGGUUACAAUACACAGAAAACAAGGACAAAAAUAACACAGGUACUUCUCAUAACUAAAGGUACUUUUCUCUCAUGGAAAAUGAGCCUGUAAACAUUUUCUUCUCUUUCAGGUUUCAGAUCAUAUUUCCAUCAGGCUGCUCAGUCGUGUUUCUGCCACGCUCUGCUUCAGGUGUGAUGGGGAAAGUGUUCAACUUCCUCUUUCGGCUUUACAUUACAGGAACCAACCUAAAGAAAAGGUGAGGUACUGUGAAAUAAGCGGAGUUGUGACCAAAAAUGUGGUACAUAAUGGAAAACGAUGAUGAGUGUCAUCUUCUCUGCAUCGGCAGCCGUGUUUGCAGACGAAAGAGAAGUUCAUGUCUGAUUUCGCUCAGGAUCUUCUACUGGGGACAAAGACCAAAACAUCUGCUGUGAACUUAGAAAGCGAGACGAACCUGACAUCAACACUUGUAAGACAUGAAUUUCCAUCCUUGGAUGAGGGAACUGUGAGGGAAAUAAAACCUUUUAAGAUACAAAUAGAGAUGUUUUUGUUGGAUUUCUUCAGUAGGACCAGUAAAAAUCACAGACCAACAGAGUUUAGCAGGAUUGAAUAAUUUGUGUGGAGUGUUGUACUGACAAAUAGACUUAUGUUUUCAUAUUAUUUAGCUUAUUAGGGAUCAUACAACCAAUUAAACUGCAUCCACAAUCUUUAAGGGCAGUUAAACAGUCAAACACCUUGUUGUUUCCAAGAGCUGAAGACGGAUAGCUGUGAAUGAAACCUGCUUUUUCCUCAUCCUUGCAGCUGUUAUGAUCUGGCAGCUGACACCUGUUUUUCUUUUCUUUUUUUCUUGCAUAUUUAAGUUUUGAUGCCUUAAUGUCAUUUAUAAAGCAGCUUAAAAUACCAAAUGUUGUUUAACAUCAUUUAAUCCUCCUCGUGGUAAUGUUGUAGGACAUGUUUCUACAUGCUCUUCUCUUCUCCAGGUGAUCAGGGAGGUGGAGAAGAUGGUGAAACCACCGGAACAGUGGAGAAGAGAUCUGAAGAGACUCCAGCAGAGAGUGCGCAUCAUCACAGAGGACUGGCUGGGUUAUUACUGUGAUGCCAUUGGUACAAAAAACUGAAGAAGACCUAAUCUGACCCAACGAAGCAAAAUGUUACUGUAUCUCCCCAUCUUGCAAACUCAACAUUAUUGAGCACUUCACUCAGGAUCUUGUUCACGGUCACUCAUGUCACUUGGUAUCCGUGUGCAUCCCUGAGUGACCUCCUCCUCUCCUUCAGGGAUCAAGUAUCCUGGUGUGGAGCGGAUGCCAGAUGCCCCACUGAGGACCAGGCUGAGGAGGCAGGUACAGUCAGCUGUUCUGCCCUCUCUGAACCCACCUGAGCGAGCAGAUGCUAAACAAGUCGAGCCUGAGGAUGACAGCAGAGAGUUACAAAAGCUGUACGGACAUCUGUCAGCACAGGCAGACAGACCUCAGGACACCUGCGUCAAGCUGUCAAGGUGCACACUUUACAGUGACGAAGAGGAUGUUUGACCAGAGUCCAGUGGGCCAGUCCAAACAUUUCAAUGUCAAAUCAAAUUUACCUAUCAUAAUAAGUAUCACUUAAUUAGUGUAGUGUAUUCAGUGGAUCUGGAGGAGCUUCUGCUGUCUGUGUUGGGGUUAUUUACCUUUUGGGCUUGGUGAAAGAUAACCUCUAAUAGAUCUAGCACGUAACACACUGAAGACAAAGAGUUGGAAAAAUACUUUUGUAAGCAGAGCAGUGGAUCUUUUUGUAAUGAAACUGGAUUUGGAGCAGCAAUGAAUUACAGAAAUACAAAAGUGAUUCAUAUAAAACCGCAAAAAUAGGCCAGCUAGGUCAUCAUUUUUCAGCAGAGAAGUUUACUGUACAUCCACUAUGAGUUCUCCCAGCACCAAACACAGAUUGAUUCAGCACGUUACCCCAACGUAACCCUAACCCCAUAACCCUAGCCCUAACCCCCUAACCCUAACGUUACCCCAAUGUCACCCCAACAUUACCCUAACACUUAAAUUUUUUUGACAUUUUUCCAUUUUUUUUUUGUACCAGUUGAAUCCAAAUGGUCAGAGGCGUGCUCCUAAAAAGGUCCUGGACUGUGAUUUAAACCCCUAUCCCAUAACCCUAUCCCAAAUACCCCAAGUUUUUAGCAGCCAAUGAACCUAAAUCAGCUUAAAACGUCCCAAUGUUUCUUAAAUUCAGCCGGUGAUCAGCAGGACAACUCCAAAUGACUGAUAAUGCUGCUGUCUAAGUCAUCUUGACUAAGAUAACUUCGAGCUCAGUGACUAAUAUGCUGUAGUGUGGUCACAAGAUUGUAUGAGAAGCCCCUGAAGGACAAACUUGUUUUUAGUUUGUCUUUGUAAAAAAUUAUAAUUUCAAUGAUCAUCUAGAAAUUGUUCAGAUAACGCACACAGUUAUGUGUUUCCAGCAAAUCUUUUUCUCCUUAAUGUGGCAGAAAAACUAUUCCAAAUACAGUAUAAAGAAGUAUUAUUUGAUAUAAUGAAUUAUUAAUCCAUACUUUAACUAAAUGCAUGUAGACCAAGUCCUUCUCCCGCCAUUGAUUUUUAAGACUGUCUGUAUGUCAGUAUGUCCUUAAACACAACCCUGUGAUUGAUUGUGUAAUGGUGGCAGAAACACUCUGUUUAUUGAUCAGUUUCAAGAGCCUGAGUCCUGCUGCACUUACAGCAGAUGUUUGAUGUCAUGUGUGACUUUAUAAAAGACAAUUUCACAGUUUUGACCUGUACACCAGGACACUAAAUGAGAGAGAAUCCUGAUGGCAAAGACAAGACUUCCUUAAAUUCAAGAUAAAAAUGGUAUUAACUGCAGUUUUAUAGAAACAGUUAUUUUAAAAACAUUACUUUCAUAUGACAGCUUCAUUAUCGCCCUCAUCCUGCCAGGUCAGUGAUUAUUCCACACAGUCCAGAUUUGCAGCACUGUGCUGUUCCCCAACAUCCAUCCCCACCAUCAUUCAUCCCCUCCGGCGCUCUCACAGCAUGCCCUGCUCAGCUGAGAGCUGCCCUGCAGGGAGAGGGGGGACGCAAGCGGUGCUGCUGCGGCACUGCACUGAUGCCAGCAUUGACGGACCUGGAGUAUGAUGCCUUCAUUAUGAGCCAGCCUCCUCACAGUCAACAGAUCCUGGUGGUUUCUGUUACUUUACCACAACAAACUGAUGUGGGGCACGACCAGAUGGAGCAGCUCUACAGGAGGAGGAACAAGCACAGAAUCACGCCAUGUACCCAGGUGUGAACUUUGUCUGAGAUGUAAACAUAGAAAACAACAUAAUUAAGAUUUACAGUCUGAUAAACUGUGUGCAUAUUCUUGCAGUGUAGUUAAAAUUAAUCAGAAUAUACACAUAUAUUAUUUUUUAUUUUAACCCUAGCGUCAUAAUACCGCUCUGGGCUGGCUCUAGCCAAUUCAAUCAUUUCUAACCCGAGGCAAGAUAAGAACAGGAGCCCGUCCAGCAUGUGGAGCUCAAAGCGAUCACCAAUGCCAAGAGCUGGUCCUGCAUCUUAUUUACAUCUUCUGUCUACGUGAAACUGCAGUGUUUCUCAACAGCACCAUAGAGACCCUAAACAGAAGGCGUGUUUAUUCAGGGAGGCCUAUAGAUGGAGUGCUGCCUGACAUUUCCUGAUCACAUGCCAAGAAAAAGACACAUUCUUCUGCCAGGCACCCAUAUUUCCUGUUUGCAUUCAGACUGCAACCGAAGGACACAUAUCACACCCUCAGCCUGCAGUGAGUUUAGUCUCACAUUAAAGAUUUACCGAGCUGCUGUGGAGAAGUUACUCUAAAGUGAUGGAGACUGUAUUUCCACUUUAUUCACACAUACGUUCUUACAUAUUUAGUUUGCGUUUCUCUGAUGUUGGUUAUUAUGUCUGUGGUAUAACUUUAAAUCACGACAUUUACUCUAGAAGAUGAAAUCCACUUAGUUAUACUUCCAUGGACAGUAAUGGUCUUGGGUCAAAAUUCCAGCACCGGCCCACUCAUUUAAAGCUAGUGUGACCUAGUUGCUACCACAGGGGUCUAAAAGGCUCAGUGAAAGGAUCCUGGGUUCAAAACCAGUUUAGAGACACAUCAAGACACUUAUAAUCAGGAUUUUUGAGUCAUCGUCACCAUUCAGCGUUGUCUCCUCAAGCACGAAUCAGAGGGAAAUGGCCCAGUAUGAGUGUUUGAUAAAACUACUAAUUUAUAAGAUCAGUCAGUUUAAACAGACUAAAAAACAAGAAAUCUGUAAAAAUCAAAAAGAAACUGUAUAUUUUCUAUAUCUGAAAACUCAGUAACAGGUUAUUUUUUUAAUCCAGAGCCAGAUGGAUUCAUAUCGCCUGCUUCGGUAUGAGAUGUCAACAAGGAAGCCUGACUGUAAACAAGAGAACAUCCUGCUGCAGCAGAGACACAACGCUGCUCCUGGCAUGGUUCUGGUCAGUAAAACCACUGCAGACUCUGAGGCAGCAGGCUCUGCUCUGUGCAGGUUUCUCUGACAUCCACUGGGUGGCAGCAGAAGUACUUACCUCAUGAAGGGAAAGGGUGAAAUGGGAGCGAGGUGUAUAAGACUUUGCAAGGUGUUGUAGAAGACAUUAGUCAUAAAAGCUCUGACAAGGCUGACAAUCAGUGAGGAAUGGUGCUUCUUAAAUACAAAGAAGCCCCGAAGGUUUAAAGCACAAAGUCAGAUUUGUGCAGGAAGGUGACAACCUCUGUGUCAGCCCAUUAAUUAAACAGAAAAUACCAGAAUCACAGUGACAUGAAGCUCUUUGUUUGCACUUAAUUUUGGACAAGGAGUUGGGUCGUGCUGCAGAAACAAAUAAUUAAUUCCUCUAUUGUGAAAUCUAAAAAUAACCAGCUGAUGCAUGUGAUUAAAAUCAUGACAGAACACCAAACCACUUCUCUGCAGCCUACGUCAAAACACAUGAGCUCAUUAAAUACCAUUGUUAAAAAUGCAGCUUUUGCACAAAUGUUUGACUGUUUUUUUGUCAAUGUUACAGAUGUACAUUAGAGCAAAGCUGCUGUUUGUGGGCUUCAUAUUCAGUGGUCACAGCUGCUCUGUCCGGGACCUUGAGAAUCAAAUCUCUAGAACCAGGGGGGACUACAGAUUAGGUCUGAGCCUCCCUCCGGACUUCAGGUUCAGGUACUGCCACUUCAAACACUGUGUGGAUAUGAUGUACUGUGAGAACCAUCUGUAUAUUAUAAAGUAUGACUGUAAAAAGUAUGAAUAUAUGUAUAAAUAUUUUCAAACCACUAGUGGUAAAGUGGUUUAUCAAAUACAUUUAUGACCAAAACAUGUAUUUAUUGUCCUUUCCUUGCAGUGGUUCACUGGAUACCUCUGCAGAAAAAGAUGAACACAGCUCACAAGAUUCCCCGCUAAAAGGGAGGCACGAUGUUGUUCUGACUGCUGCAGUGAAAAAUAAAAGGGUCAAUGUGAGGUGUGUGAGAUCUUACAGAUUCCUGAAACAUUAUUUGGUGGUUGACAAUAAUACAGUUACAUGUCCAAUCUAAUCCCAUGUCUCUUGUCUUCUCUCAUGGACAGAAAAUACGAUCAAGGCCUUCAAGGAUCACACCACAAAACAAAAACGAUCCAAUCUCUUCCUCAUGUUCCUGUUGUCAUGCACUGA